AUGAGACUAUCCACCGGAGAUACAUCACAGGACAAAAGAGAUGAAAUAGAGGAGUUCGAAAAAUGGAUUCUUGAUAUUGGAAAUGGUAAAGCACCAGCAAUCAGCUUGGAUGGAUCGGAAGACAAGGAUUGGAUACAGAUACCAUCAGAUUUACCGAUUCACUGUAAAGAGAAUCACAUUCAAACAAUAGUAGACACCAUGUAUCCAGAUUUUUUGAAGAAAAUGCAGGAUAAGAAUUACCUUGCUGAACGGAGUAUACUGGCGUCCACAAAUGAGUAUGUUCACAAGAUAACUAAACAUGUCUUAUCAUCUGUACCAGGAAAAGAGCAUACGUAUUUAAGUGCAGAUUCAAUUGGACCAGAAUCAUCAGAAUUUCACUCAAGUGUUGUUUUCUACGACAAAGAAUUCAUCAACAAGCAUGAGGAAUCUGGAAUGGCAAUCCACAAAUUAACUCUAAAGGUUGGAGUACCAAUUAUGCUUCUGCGAAAUCUUAGCAACGCGGAUGGACUAUGCAAUGGAACAAGUUUAAUUGUCACCCAAUUAGGAGAAACAGUCAUUGAAGCUGAAAUACUCACAGGUCUAGGUACUGGAAAUACAGUUUUCAUACCACGGAUAAUUAUGACUACACCUGAGACAAGUUUACUAUUUAUUCUACAUAGAAGGAAAUUUCCAGUAAGAAUUUGCUAUGCCAUGACAAUAAAUAAGAGUCAGGGACAAAGCCUACUAAAUGUGGGGGUUUACUUGGAAGAACCUGUUUUUUCGCAUGGUCAACUUUAUGUGGCGAUUUCAAGAACCACUAGAAGACAAGGCUUAAAAAUAUUGAUCAAGAAGAAUGGGAAAGAACCUGACGGGUGUACACAAAAUAUUGUGUUUGAAGAGAUAUUUCAAAAUAUCUUAAAUUAA